AUGGUCCCGGAGCUGCGCGAGGAUUACAUCGACCACGCUGACAGGCUGCGUGAAGCCACGCCCACCAAGCUCAACCCGUUUGUGCGCGGCGUAACCACGCCCACAACCUCUGUGAAUCUCACCACCUCGUUUUCCCAGCCCGUAGCCCCGUUCCUCGACGAUGUGCGGUCGAUGCACACGGGGUUGAACGAGGAUCUCGCCUCCGAUAUCCAGUCUGUGCGCACCAACGCCGAGUUGCAAGAGGAACUCAUGCAAUCGAUGCACUCCAUGAGCUUGUUGCCGCGUGAGCACGCAGUCAGCAACGAAAUCCCCUCGAUUUUUGAGUGUGAGCACACGGGUGGCUCGAAACUGCCCAGCGUGCUACCACAGGACAAGCAUUUCUUUAUUUUGUCGUCUGCUGGGAAGCCCAUUUUCUCUAUGCACGGGCGCGACGAGCUCGUCAUGGGCCUCAUGGGCAUCGUGCACACGGUGCUAAGUUAUUUCCAACUGCAAAACUCCAAAAUCCACUCGAUCACCACGGGUUCACCUGGCAAGACCAAGCAGAAGUUUGUGUUCCUCGAUAAAACGCCCAUUUUACUUAUGGCCAUGACAUCCCGCGAAGAGACCACCAGUGACCUUUUGCAACAACUGGAUUUUCUGUACUCGUAUCUGGUGUCCACCCUCAGCCGCAAGCAACUCACACGUUUGUUCUCCAAGCGUGAAAACUUUGACCUAAGGAACUUUUUAACACACACCGAUUUCUACAACUUGAACCAUAUCUGUGACUCCAUAUCCAACGGAUUCCAUCCAGACCUACUGUUAGGGGCGCUACGAUGUCUCAUGUUGCGCAAAUCGACUCGCCGUGCCUUGCACACCUUGAUGCUGACGCAACUGCAAGACCCUGAAGUGGCUGUCUCCAGGGGCACCUUGCUUUACGGGUUAAUAGUUGCUCCUGGGAAUCAGCUUUGCUCGGUUCUCAGGCCAAAGGGCCAUACCCUCCACACCACAGACCUGCACUUGUUGUUCUCGCUAGUUUUCAACCAGUUUCAAAGUCUACAGGACGAUCAAGAACUUUGGGUCCCCAUAUGUUUCCCCAAGUUCAAUUCAAACGGGUUUCUACACUGCUACAUCAAAUUACUACCUAGAUCUCCUUCGAUCAAUAUAUCAUAUGACAGCUUACUAACCGACCAAAACCGGCAACAGGAGGGAACCCAGUUAGAGACAACCUUGGAAAACGGUCCUUCAAGUUCCCAAUCCUCUCUGAAUGAUGGUGCGGAUUCUCCUCAAUCUCUAAAAGUUCCUUACCCUCCUAGAUCGGCGUUGGUGUUGAUUAGUGCGCAAAAGGAAAGCUUUUUCGCACUCAAGGGAAUCGGCCAGAAAAUUGUUGAUCAGUUGAAGGCCCAAGACCUCCUUAAUCAGAUUAACGCGGCUUGCGAAACAGGUUUUUCCAUGUCUGAUAUCCCAGCGCCACUAGUUCACCAUUUCAUUUAUAAAUCCAAGAAGCAUGUUCAAUACGUAAUGCCACAGCUCCCGGUGCUCGAAGAUCCAGCUUACAGCGAGUUGAGUGAUCUCGUCGAUCAAAAUUUGGAUGAGGAAGAGAUUCUACACACGAAUCCCGAGCUCUCCACAACAAAUAGCCAAACGGAGCCCGUUGAGGUUCAUGACAGGAAGUAUGAUAAUGGUCACAAUCUUUAUUUGAAAAAAUUAAUGCAUUAUUAUACGCAUAUUCGCAAUAACGCAGUUGGAGAAUGCGGCAGGCCAUUCAACAGAUCUACGUUAACUUUUGUAAAGUGGAAAAAUGACGCACCUCUCUCGGAUAAUCUUCCUCAAGAGGAAGUCGCUGAUAUUCUAUGUUUGGCAUGGCUGACACCCACCUUCGAAUUAUAUCUCAUCUGCAACAAUGGUGUUACGGACAGAAAUACCGUUUUGAAAAGUGCAAAGAAUAUCGUCGCAUGGUGUAGAAAACACGAGGGCAGGCUCUUCGUGAGUGACGGUGCUAUAUUUUGA